AUGCCGCCUCUGACAGUUCUUCCUCGACGUCAGGCUUCUUCCAAUUGGAGAAGGCGGCGUUCUCUUCCGCUCUCGCCGUCCACUCGCGGUCUGUGCUUCGGUCUCUCCUUCCACCAGGGGUCUCCUUUCAAACUUCGUGCAUGCGGUGACGCGCGUGGGCUGGUGACACCCGCAACUUGCUCAGAAUUCCGACUUCAGAGAAAGAAAGGAGAUUCCGAUUCUUCUCUCUCUUCUCCUUGCCCUCUCUGUUCUUCUCUCUCCUCUUCCUUUUCUUCCUUUUCUUCCGCUCCCAGUCUCCGUAGCAGUUGUCAUGGGUUUGUCUCGUCUUCUCCGCUGUUUGUUUCCCCUCUCGCUGCCUUCACACGUUCGUCUUUGUUGAAUCCCCUGCCCACCUUCUUCUUCUCGUCUUCACUUUCUGCUUCUCUCCGUUCUGCGUCCUUCAGCUCGUGCUCUCGUUCUUGUUCUCCUUCUCUCUGUUUUCGUUUGUCUGCUCCUCGGCUCUCAGGGCCGGUCAGUCGGCGUGUAGCGCGUCUCCGCGAAGCUCGCGAGUUCGAGCUUCUCUUGCGUCGGCAGGAGAACGCGUUCGCUCCGGACGCCUCGCCUGCGCAGGCCGACCGCAGAAGCAGUACUCCUCCUACGUCCGCCUCAUCGCAGGCGUCUGCUUCUCAGGCUUCUUCGCAGACCUCAGGGCGUCCCCUGGGGGUGGAGGGUCGCGCGUUUCUGAGGCGAGGAGGCGCCUGGCGAGAGCCUCUGAGGAACGUCGAAAAAGACGAGGGUGAAAACCUGGCCUCUUCAGCUUUUCUUAGUCAGGCAUUUGGCGCCGUGGAAAGUGAAGUGAUUCAGGCCCUCCGCGCUGCCGCCCAGACCCGCCGGCGAGGCGCCUACGAGAGAAGAACUCGAGAGCGAGAAGAGGACAGAGGCCGACGCGGGAGACAAGACCUCCCUGAACAGAGCGAAAAGCGCCUCGAUACGACAUCUUCACAGGAGACUCCGAAGGAGACGCGCCCUUCCUCGUCUACGUUACACACACAUGUCGAAAACAGCUCCCAUCCCUCAUCUUCUUCUCCUUCCUCGUCGUCUGCUUCAGGCGAAUUGGUCGAGUUGUAUCUGUCGCAUGUCCACAACUUGCGUCGAGUGGCGCCUCAGCCUCGCGCGUUCACGGACUUGCACAUCAAGCAUCUGUUGCUUCCGGCGUAUUCUGCGAACGCUCUGGCGCCUCCUGCUCUUCCCUCUUCGCCCCUCAGUGCAGUCGAGGCGGAGGAGUCUCGAGAGAGAGAAGGACGAGCAGCUGGCGAGGAAGACAUCGAAAGGUUUAGGACCUUUCGCCUGCCUUCUUCUGAGGGCGAGGACGAAGUGUAUCCACGCGAAGCGCGAGAGAGAGAACGCGCGACGGAAAGACGACGCUGGAGAGACAUCGAGGGGGGCGAGGCCCUCGUCGAGGGCGAGGGAGAUCUGCAGAAGAGCUUCUAUGGCAACGAGAAAAACAACACCAACAUCAGACUGCAUGCAACGGACGGAGACGGAGGCGAAGGUGCCCUCCUUGAGUGGCAGGAAGUGGAGAGGCGCGUAAAGGUCGAGGAGCUUAGGGAGAAGGAAGAGCGCGAAAGACGAAGAGGCGUCGCGGCGAAACACGCAGAGAUUUUGGCGGCAGAUAUUCAAGUUCCAGGCCUCGCAGCGGUGCGCCGGGAGGCGGCCCAGGAGGUUGCUGCAUGGCUGGCACACAGAGGGCUGAAGAGUGAAGAGAAAAGCAGAGGAGAUCUCGAAAAAGGGCACGAGGAGGCAAGCAGGAGAGAGGGAGAUCGAAGGCUGUCGCUCGCCUCCUCGCCUUUUGAAAGAGAGGGGGACGAUGACGAACUCAGCGCUGGUUUUGCAGCAGAAGCGAGAAGCAGUCAAGAAAAACGGUUUUCUCCCUCUUCUUCGUCUUUGUCUCAGUCGCUGUCGUCGCCCGUUGGUGGGGUCAAAGAAGAAGAAAGAUUUGCUGAUUCCUCGCUUUUCCCCCGCGCUUCGUCGGCUGAGUGGAGUGGAAGGAGAGGGGGGCGCGGGUCAUCUGAGGCCGCCGCCUUCGCUCCAGAGAAAAGGGCGGCAGUCGUUUUGUCUCCGUCGACUGUUUCUCCGGAAAAUUCACUCUCACCUUCUGCCUCUCUGAGUGCACCUUCGUUUGUCCUCGCUACUGCAAAUGCACGCAUGCGAGAUAGGCUGGUCUGUUCGCUCUACCCCCGCAGCCGCGCAAAUGAAGACUUCAUUAUAGCCUCUUCGUCUUCUUCUCUCUCUCCUUCGUCCUCCUGUUCUCUCUCUGCUUCUUCGGCUCCCUCUUCGUCUUCCCCUUGCUCUUCUCUGUUCAGUUGUGAGGCAUGUGAGAGCGAGAGCGACUCGGCUAGCGCGUCUACUCAGCGGCUUGUUCGGAGCGUGUCAGAAGAAGGGAGAGAGACAGAAAGGCCUUUCGAGAGGGGCGAGCACGAGAAUCCGCUUUCUGAGGCAGAAGAAAGAUUGAUGAGGGCGGUUUUCUCGGAGGCUCUGGAGGCGUCGGGAGACCGAAGAGUUCCAGGGACUGACGAGCCAAUGGACGUUUCCGCGAUGUGCGCUCUUCCAUCUUCCGUAGGAAGAAGAAGGCGCUCGUCUCCAUUCUCUGGGGGGGGACGCGAAGGGAUCGACGAGGCGUGCCUGACCCCACACGAGGGGUCUCCUUUUGGAGGGCCCUCUGGUGGCCGCGACCAGCCCGUGGGAUCGGCCGCGACCCGUGGAGCCCUGAGGGACGGAGACACACCCGCGGGGCUGGAGACAAAACGAGUUAAGGGGGACAGCGAGUCGCGAGGGCGCAAGAGACACACCGUUCAGUGCGAAAGGGAAGACGAACCGACACCGUGUCGGUCGAAGAGAGACGAAGAGCGAGCAGAAGUUGCAGCGCGAAGAAAAACGGAGUUUGACAUGCGCUGGGCCGCCUCCUGUGCGGGGCUGGCGGGCGCAGAGGCCCUCGGCGUCUCCUCGCGGACCCCACAGAGAGGGCGAACGCGCCUAGGAGAAGAGACAGCGCUCGGAGUGGAGGCUGAAAGCUGCGGCGGAAGACACGGAGGCGAGGAAGACUUCCUCUUCGAGACAGGCGAGAACGCAGACGGAAGAAGUACGAAAGUCUCUCUUCAGAGUGGAGCUCGAAGGUGUGGACGAGACGACUCAGCGCGGUUUCUGUCUCAAGAUCGAGACAGUUCAGAAACAAGGAACCAAGAAAGAGAAGAAGAAUUUGCGUCCUUCGACACCGGCUCUUCUGCGGGGCGAGGAGGAGGCAGAGCAGAAGAACACCCAUCAACCGGAAGUUCUUCUUUUGCGCCGCCCGACGACCCUUUCGAAGAUAUGCGGCAAAUCAAAGUCAAUCGAGAACUUGCGGAGUUCUGGAAGGAACGAGGUGCCACAGACUUCGGAUUAUAUAACGAGUGUUACCUUCCUUUCACCACUCGAGUAGGCGCUCUGGCGGCGUAUCAAGCUACGCGGGAGAGUGCGGCUGUCUUCGACGUUUCCUUUCGCCGCGUCUGGCACUUCCGCGGCCGCGACAGACUAUCUGUCCUCGAUAUGCUGCUCUCCUGCGACCUGGAGCGCGGCAUGCGGGUGGGGGACGCGCAAUACGCCGUUCUCCUGGACUCGCGCGGCCUCGUUUUGGAUGACUGCUUCGUCGCGAAGCUCAGCAGUCGCGUCGAGGUCUGGCUUUCCGGUGCGGCGCCUUCUCACUGCUUCGACUAUGUCGCGCAGUUCAUCAACUACUGCCGACAAACUGGGCUUGACGUCUCUCUCACGCCGCUCCGCUCCUCCGCUUGCGUUAUUGCUCUUCAAGGACCUCGCGCGUUUGACAUUCUUGCCGACCGUGUGCAGACCUCUCGUUCUUCUCCCUCUUCUCUCUCUCCUUCUGUCUCGUCUCUCUCUCCUUCUGUCUCUUCUUCUUCUUUGGUCGACAGCGGAGUGGCUGGAGGGAGAACGGCGGAAGGCCAAGAGACUCAACAUUCGUCUGUGCGUUCAGACGAGGCGACCGGCGAAGAAGGAGAGUAUGUUCCUCGUGUGCAAAUGCGGACUGCGUGGGGGACGCCGCUGACUGUCGAGGGGCUGAUGGAUUUGCCGUACAUGUCCGCGUUCGAGAUAGGCGUUGCGACCCGACGAUCGCUCGACCGGGCCGAACUCUGUUGGGAAGACGCGACAUGCCUUCGGUUGGGCUCGACGGGAGAAGACGGACUCGAAGUUUCAUUUGCCUCGCCGGCUCCGGCACUGGCGUUCCUUAAGCUUCUCUUCGACCCUCCUUCGUCUCCUUCACCUCCCGCGGUCGUCGCUUCUUGCCUUUCUCCCCCUUCCAUGCCUCCCCUGUCUUCUUCCUCUUCGUCUGUUGCUUCUUCUGUGUCGUCGGUUGGCCCUGCGUCUGCUCUCGUUCCUUCCCUUGGAUGUCUGCAUGCACUGGACAUGCUGCGGAUGGAGUCUGGCCUAGUGCGAGUGGGCGUGGACGUAAAGACUCAUCAUAGCCUUCCGCAGGCGUCUCUCUGUUCGCUCUUGUCGCUCUACAAAAUUCGCCGAAGGUUGCUGCUGAGCUACGAGGCCGUUCAAAAGCAGUUCACCCUGGGGGCAAAGAUGCAACGUGUGGGGAUCAUCGUAGGGCAUGCGGACCGUCUUGCCGCAGUCGGCGCUUGGGUUCGCGCAGAGGAUCGGAGGCGACGAGAAAGUCAGCGCCUCUGGCUGUCUCUGCGCGGGGCGCGGCCUCCACACACGAAGCGCAAGACUCUCGGCGAAGCGCAGCGAAGGCGCAGAGAAGCAGAAGAAGAAACAGUGAACAAAGAUGAGGAAGAUCUCCUCAUCGGAUUCGCCUCAGGAACUCACGAAGACGCCUCUCGCGCCUGGCGUUCACAGCCGCGCGACCCUCGUCUCCCUGCUUCCGGAGCUUCUUCCCUCGUCCCGAAGAUUCGUCGACGAUCCUCUGUGGCUGUCGUUUCUCCACCUUUGGAGACGGAGAGCAGAAAGCGUCAACCAGAAGGGUACUUUCCUUUUCACGGCUGCAUCAUCAUGUCGAAUCCCCACCGCAGACCGAUCGGUGUGGUUACCUCCUGCUCGUGGAGUCCUCAUUUCAAAAGCCGGCUCGCCCAGGGACUGGUUCUUAGGGAGUUCGCGAAGCAUAAUCAGGCUCUCCUCAUUGCCAUUCCUCUGCCGGUGCCCGCCCACUGGUCAGCGAGGCGUCGGGGCCGAGCGCUGCGAAGCAAGCAGUUCAGGUGUCUCGUGCCGGGUCAAGUCCACCGUCUCCCUUUUGUCCCCCACAAUUAUCCUCAGUCCGACAGAGACAGGGCGAGAAGCGUCGAGAGGCCCUUCGUGAGAGACGAGAAGAAGAAAGAAAAGGCAAGGCUGAAGGUGCGUUCGCUGUAA